UUGCCAGAAAAAAAGAAGAAGUGUCGUGACAAGCCGACUGAGCUGAGCAGUGACCUGUACUGUGUCCUCCACAAAUCCAUCAGCUGUUUACAUUAAGCUAAGAGUAUUGAAAUCAUGGUUUUUGAGGAGAAAAUGAUCAUGAACGGUGAACCAGAUGAGGAAGAAGAGGAGGAGGAGGAAGAGGACAUGGUGGAUCCCCUUGAAUCAGUGCGGCAGAAGUGUGAGGAUGUGGAGCAUUGUGUCCACACCAAGGAGCGCCUGGAGCAGUGCGAGAGCAGGGUCGGCUCGCGCUCUGCCACAGAGGAGGACUGCACUGAAGAGCUCUUUGAUUUCCUUCAUGCACGGGACCAUUGUGUAGCGCACAAACUCUUUCAUUCUGUCAAAUGAAGUCCAUUUGAAGAUCUCGGUAGUCUACUAUAGCAGAAAGACCCCGGGCUUUAUAUCCUUACGUGCAUAUUGUAUUUGAUUGUGUGAAUAAAUUGUAAAUUAAGUAUUAAAA